GUACAGGUACCUCCCUUGGGUCCCGCGGGUAACAAUAGACAGGGUGGGGCCAACGUCCGGGCUCCUCCCCAGUCAGGUACUCAGAGGGCGGAGCGCGGCGAAGGCUCCUCCCCACUCGCGUCAUCCAGACACUCCAUUCCCCCGCCAGCACAAGCUGGUCCCCGCCCAGCCGGCUUCCGCCGGGAAUGAAGAGCGUUGCGGUUGGCUCCGGUCCCGCGGACCCCACGCGCGUCCGUGGAGCUCUCGGGCGGCUUCCGAGAGCCCCUCCCAUCGUUCUGAGCCCCGCUGAGUUCGCUUCCAUUGUCCUCUCGGCCGCGGGCUCCGGAACGCGCGAGUGAGCCCUCUGCUGAUGCCCAGGCUGCCGUUGUGCCGCUGUCACACCGUGCGUUCCCCGCCCCAUGGAGCCACCCGCUUGUGCCGAGGCGGCCGUAAAAGAUCCUGCAGCCAGAGACCAUGACCCCGUGGACGCAAAGAUCUCAGCGCCCGCCGCGGAUCCCCUACCCAGGACGUCGUCACAGAAAGAGGGGCACUCGUUACAAGAUUGGGACACCAUAGCCACCGUGGGCACUGGAACCUUUGGCCGAGUAAACCUGGUGAAGGAGAAGACAGGCAGGCGAUACUGUGCCUUGAAGAUUAUGAGCAUCCCAGAUGUCAUCCGCCUGAAGCAGGAACAACAUGUGCAGAAUGAGAAAGCAGUCCUGAAGGAAAUAAACCACCCCUUCCUCAUUAAACUGCUUUGGACAGACCAUGACAACCGCUUCCUGUACAUGCUGAUGGAGUUUGUGCCUGGUGGUGAGCUGUUCACCUACCUGCGUAAUCGUGGCCGCUUUUCCUCAGUUGCUGCAAUCUUCUAUGCCACAGAGAUUGUGUGUGCCAUAGAAUACCUGCACUCCAAGGAAAUCGUAUACAGGGACCUGAAGCCUGAAAACAUCCUUCUGGACAGGGAAGGACAUAUCAAACUCACUGACUUCGGCUUCGCCAAGAAACUGGUGGAUAGGACAUGGACUCUCUGUGGGACACCGGAAUACCUUGCCCCAGAAGUUAUCCAGAGCAAAGGUCAUGGAAGAGCUGUGGACUGGUGGGCAUUGGGCAUCCUUAUAUUCGAGAUGCUGUCUGGGGACCUCAUCAAGAAGCUUCUGGUGGUAGACAGGACCCGGCGCCUGGGCAACAUGAAGAAUGGGGCAGAAGACAUCAAGCGGCACCGGUGGUUCCGAGGUGUGGAGUGGGAGUCCGUGCCACAGAGGAAACUUAAGCCACCCAUUGUGCCCAAGUUAUCCAGUGAUGGUGACAUCUCCAACUUUGAGACUUAUCCAGAGGGUGAGUUGGACAAGACUCCUUCUGUAUCUGAUGAAGAUCUGGAAACAUUCAAAAAUUUCUGAGGAUGAGAACUCAUGUCUGCAAGAAGUGUGUGAAGACAUCCACACCACACUGAUGACCAGAACCGUUUUGUUGUUGUAUCCGUUUCUUGCUGUGAAACUAGAAGGUUUGGUGUGUGUGUGUGGGUGUGUAUAUGCAAGUUCCUGCAAUGUUAACACAAUCCAUCACCCUUGGGACCCAGCCUCAUUUCAACAACUGGAAACCUGCCCAGUGAAAAUUUCGCAAAAACUGUUAAAUUGUAGGUUUUCUCCUUCUUCAUGAGUCUUGUGUUCGUGUUGUGAAUUUGGUUUGUUCGUUUGUUUUUCUACUGAACUUUUAAAGUUUGAAUUUGACCCAUUUGAUUAUAGCUGUCAGUGUGUAUGUGCACAAAAACUGUGCAAACUGGAAAUUUUGGCACUUUGAUGUGCCUGUGACAUGUUCAACUUUUAAAGAUUUCUGAAAAUUCUGUUGCCUUGCAGGCAAAAAAAAGGUGAGAUAUAUGCAUUUUUAAAAUGCCUUUCUAUGCAUUUUGCAAUCAUAUUUGUACAUUGUUUAUUGAGUUGUUAUUUGUUUAUUUAGUUCUUUUCUGAUCACUUUAAACUUGGAAGUCAGGAAGCCACAUGCCCUGCAGACCCUUAUUCAGUUAUAGCACAAAUGUGUGGCUUUCCUCAAAUCUUCCAGUUUAGAUGUUUUCAGUAAAAUAUCCCUUCCUAAAGUUAAGCCAGAACUCUGCAUACAGCAUUAGCCGCCUGGCAACCUGGUUGCAAAAAUUGCCUUUUUUAUGAUAAUAUAAAUGUAUCCACAUCCCCAAAAGGGAACUUUUAAGGAUCCACCCCUUAAGCCCCUCCUUCCUCUGUUGUAAAUGACAUUUUCUUCUCACCAUCUCAACUUUGUUCUCACAGCCAUGUCUGUCCAUGAAAACUCAGGUUCCAGGCCGGGAUCUUCUAUGAAAGUUUGUACAAAGCUGUAUUUUUAGCAAGCUUUCUCAGUGCUUUCCAAUAUGCAAACUAACUGGGUUAGUACCUCAAACAAACAAACACAUACAGGAGAUAGAAUGCAGAAUUAUAAUCAAGUCCUGUCAGUAGAUGUUUGUUAUGAAGUAGGAAAUAGCGUAAAAUUAGCAUAGAUAACUUUGCCUUAAUUCUAAACCCACAUGGGGAGAUCAAACAUGCACACAUGCACUCUCUUUGUGCUCCUAAAGCACUUUGCAAUCUGACUCCAAUCCUAAAAAUCAAAUUAAAAUCCCUUAAUUGAGCCGUAAAUUAUAACAUGUGGUGUCACUGCAGUGACAUCAGACAGCACAUAGUAAUCAUAAUUUUUUAUUUUAAUCUUUUUAAUUAUGUGUGUACAUGUGACUCUGGUACACACAGCCUGCAAGUGCACCAGAGACCAUACAGCUGAACUUACAGGCAGUUGUGUGCCGCCCUGUGGAUACUGGGAACCCAACCUGGAUCCUCUCCAGUUCACACAGUUAACAUGCAAAAAAUAAAUUAGGAAGGGGUGGUGGGACAAAAGCAGCCACGGAAAAAGAUGAGGGAAAUAGGUCCUGUUCUUCACUCUCAGUCCAGGGAGUGAGAGUGUGCACCCAGCACAGUUCUUAUGAAGCAAUGGGAUAGUUAAUAAAUUUAAAUUCCUCGGGUGGUUGCUUGAUUCCAACCAAGUGUAAAAGAUAAAAAUAAUCACUAGCCAAUAAUAAUUUAAAAACAACUUUCCAUGCUCUUCAACUAAGACUGACAUUUUAAUGUUUAGUACAGAUAAAGUACUGAGUGCUGUGGAAUGGUGCUUGUCUCGCCUACUAGCUGUUACACGUUGCACUGUAAAAUGUGACUUGAUGGCUAAAUACUGUUCACAGGACCCUCAGGCUGUGCAAAUAUCCUGACAUUGGACCAAAACAUACCAAUCACCACUGUGUUGCUAGGUGAACCCUAGUGAAAAUUUAGCAUUGUGUGGGUCUUGAUGUUGAGGUGAAAAUCACAGAAAGGGUCUCUAACUCCUGACUGUAGAAUUGAAAUAUGUUGAUUUCCUGGGAUUUUUUGUUUGUUUUUGUUGUUACUGUUUUUGAUGAAGCUUCAGAGGAAGCAUUUGAUGAACAUCUGACACCUAUCAUUCUUAUUUGUCAGACACACUGUAAACCACCUGAAAAUUAUAAUACAAAAUCAAGGUUUAUGUGUGGGGGAUCCCCCCAUUAGGUUGUGUGUGUCCCCAUCAGUUUAGGGGGAGGAUCUGCUCCCCAACCAUUAUAUGUUCCCAUAAAAUCUGCCUUGUGAAUCUUACAACCUUGCAUCCAGCCUCAUACUGUCAUUCAGGAGGUGGGGGCGUUGCUCCAGUUGGUUAUGUAAUAGACAUUAUUACCUGUGUGACUUAGAGGAAGUGACCAGGUGCCUCCCCAGCGCUCCUGGUCUUCACAGAUCAGACUCAAAUCCUCUUGUCAACCUCCAUCCUUCUCAGAGUGUGGGACUCACCACUUGACCUGCUAUAACACAGGUGCCACAUGCACUGCGGAGGGGCACCCCCUGCUGCCGAGCACCUGUCAGCUUGCCUGAAAUUAUCAUGCAAAAUGAAAAAGCCUGUUUUUCUCUCACUUUCUAAUCCCGAUGCAUAAUUACAAAAAAAAAUCACUGUGAUUUGUGUAUAUAUCUAUCUAUAUCUCUCUAUAUAUUUGACCCAGGAAAACUUUUUCUGCUGUCUAAUUUAUAAAAUCUAUUAUUGAGUCCAGGUUUGUUUAAUAAAAGUUUGUAUGUUUUAAGAAA